AAGGAAUUUGUAGAUUUUAUGAGUCCAAUGGCAUUAAAAGGCAACUCACAGCAGCCUAUACACCUCAAUAGAAUGGUGUGUGUGAGAGGAGGAAUCGCACAAUCAUAAAUAUGGUGCGAAGUCUAAUGUCAAAGAGUUGCUUGCCUAAGGAGUUUUGGCCAGAAGCUGUUAAUUGGAGUGUUCAUAUCUUGAACAGAAGUCCCAAAUCUCCACUUUCAAAUUUGACGCCAGAAGAGGCUUUGAGUGGACGUAGACCUGCUGUUGAUUACUUCAGAAUUUUUGGGUGCAUAGCAUAUGCACAUGUGCCAGAUCAGAAAAGGAGUAAGCUUGAUGACAAAGGGGAAAAGUGUAUUUUCCUUGGUGUUAAUGAUCAGUCCAAAGCUUACAGAUUAUACAAUCCUUUAACCAAGAAGGUAUUUAUUAGCCGUGAUGUGGUGUUUGAUGAAGCAAGCACCUGGUCUUGGACAGAAAAACCUAAGCAACAGAUUCCUACAGAUUUCGAAAAUGGAGAAGAUCUAACUGUGCAGAACUUAAAAGGUCAAACACAGCAAACUGGAGAUUUAACUUCAGCAGAUCUCGAGGUUUCAAGACAGACAGCUGAAGAAAGUCUGUCUCAAGAUUGUGAUCCAUUGACAUAUGAAGAAGCCGUUAAAGAAGAAAAGUGGCAAAAGGCCAUGGCAGAAGAAAUUGGUUCUAUUGAAAGGAACCAGACUUGGGAGUUGACAGAUCUUCUAGAAGGGCACAAAACAACUGGUGUUAAGUGGAUCUACAAGACAAAGCUCAAAGAGAAUGGGGCGGUUGACAAAUCCAAAGCUCGCUUGGUGGCAAAGGGUUACAAGCAAGAGUUUGGCAUUGAUUAUCAAGAAGUUUUUGCUCCAGUUGCAAGGAUGGAUACCAUCAGAUUGGUGAUUGCAUUGGCAGCACAGAACUCAUGGCCGAUCUACCAGCUUGGUGUGAAAUCUACCUUCUUGCAUGGAAAUCUACAAGAACAGGUAUUUAUUGAUCAACCUCCUGGUUAUGUGAAAUUUGGUUCUGAGCAUAAGGUUUACAAAUUGAAGAAAGCAUUAUAUGGACUAAAACAAGCAUCUAGAGCUUGUGGGAAUGAUUUUGGCAUGUUGGAAAAGUUUAAGCAGUCCAUGAAGCUUGAAUUUGAAAUGACAGAUCUAGUUCUAGACAGAUUUCAAAUGAAGAACUGCAAUUCUGUCACUACAUCAGUUGAUAAAGGUGUAAAGCUCGUGAAAGAUCCAGGAGGCAGAUUUGUGGAUAGCAAACUAUAUAAGCAGAUUGUUGGAAGUCUGAUGUAUCUGACAGCAAGAAGACCAGAUAUAAUGCAUGGUAUUUUUGGGCUAUUCUACAAGAAGGGUGACCAGACAGAUCUCGCAGGCUUUACAAACAGUGAUUAUGCUGGAUAUCUGGAUGACAGAAAAAGCACUUCUGGGUUUGUUUUUAUGUUGGGAUCUGGUGCAAUUUCAUGGUCUUCAAAGAAGUAGCCCAUUGUGACUUUGUUCACAACAGAAGCGGAGUAUGUGGUAGCAACUUCUUGUGCUUGUCUAGCUAUUUGGUUGAGAAGAAUUAUGGAAGAACUUGAGCUGAAUCAACAUGAGGCCACUUC